GACAUCCCCGAAAUGUUUAACUAUCAUUCCAAAGUUAUAAUAUUCUAUUUACCAACCACCACCUUUCAUAUACCUCUGCUGUACGCUAUAGAUAUUCAUAUUAAAUCAAUACAUAAUACAUCGUUCUUGGCUGUUACAAGGUCAAAAUAUCUAUUGAUAUCCAGGUUUCCAUUGUAAAAUAUUAUCAUUGCUGCUCUUUAUCCUGCCGACCAACAUUUAACAUCUACCACAACGCUGUGUGUUUGUGACCCAACUAUGGCAUCCUCACCCAAUGCACCCGGAAGUCAUAGUCAUACCUCAAUAUCUACUGUGAAUCCUCCACCUCCAGCGCAUACAAACCAGGGGCUAGAGAUCCCUCUCGAAACCUUAGUAUCGCAUCUUCUUGCUUCCAAGCGUUCUCUAUCAUCUAUCAGUACAGUAUGGCGUGCCAACGAAAUCGUCACCUCAGCGAAGAACGCAUUGGAAGAGAGUGCCAUAUUGCAGGCUAAAACUAGGUUUUUACAAAGUGGCAUCAAUGAGCAGAUGAAAACCUUGUUGAAGGUAAGGAAAACUGUAGAGUUUGUGUAUAAUGACGGCCAGGAAGAUUUCAGCAACGUUCUACAUAAUCUCGAUGCCGCAGAUGCUCGGCUUGAAUCUACGAUGAAUAUGCUACGAUCGACAAUGGUGGAUGCGGCUUUUCGACCGGCAGGCGAGGAACCUAGAAAUUUAUUGGACUUUGUUGAUGAGCAAGGCGUGGAGAAAAUGCGGGAUGGCUUAAAGGAAUUGAUCGAUGAGUCUAAGGAAGCGGAAGCAGCAUUCGGUACAUCCAUACUUUCUUUUGACAGCGAUAUACGCAGUUUGAAAUCGGGGUUCAAGAAUAGCAAACGAAAGACUUCAUCUUAUUCCCCAAUACCAAAUCACUUGUAUACACUAGAGGGGCACGCCCAAGAAAUGGCUUCGUUACUCUCAUCACUUUCAAGUCAUUUCGACCUAUGCUUGAAUGCCAUCAGACAUACAGAGGGAGGAUAUGCUGCUGUUCGAAAUGCAGCUUCCAACCCGCCACCGGGCGCCGAGCCGGUAUCAGUCUCCGGUGUGAUGAGCAACUCUCACGAUGACAUAAAUGAAGCACCCCUCACUGAACAUGAGCGGGAAGAAAUGUUUUCUAUCCUCGAAAAAGAUGCCGCGGAAGUUGAAGAUGUGGUUAUGGAACUUCACGAUCGUCAGAAUGAAAUGGAGGCCAAACAUGAUGCCAUCCUUGACCAUGUUUCACAUCUCGCCGAACAAUUCAGACAUACUGCGAGCGUAUACAAAACUCUAGAGGGUGUAUAUCAGCGACUUCCAAGAUAUAUCCUCGCGGGCCAUGAUUUCAGAGCUAGGUGGGAGGAUACCAAGGUGCAUAUAAAUGAACAAAUGAAUGAACUGGAGGGAAUGCGACUUUUCUAUGAAAAUUAUCUUUCCUCUUACGACGGCCUUAUACUCGAAGUUCACCGCCGUACAGUUGCCGAGGAGAAAGCGAGAUCGAUAGCGAAGAAGGCAAUGGAGCAAAUUAAUAAGAUAUAUGAUAUAGAUGUGAAGGAGAGGAAUGAUUUCAAAUUUGAUGUAGGAGAUUAUUUACCGGUUGAUUUAUAUCCCGGUAUCAGUGAAGCGCCACCAAAAUGGGAUUUUAGAUUGGUGGAGGAUGAAGAAGGGGGAAGUAGCACUCCUUUGUUGGAGAGGAGUGUGGUGAAGGAAUCUUUUAAGAGAGAUAGAGAGAGACACAGGAAUUCGAAGGAUAAUUGAUCGGUAUUUCGUGAACGGAAAGGGUCAAUAAUUUGUAAUUAUUUGAUAUCAGUAAUGGAGGCUUCAUUCAAAGCUAUGUCAAUAUUACAACCGGUUGCACUUUGUCAGAGCAAAAAGUGAAAACUGAAAUCAAUUGUGGAAUGUCAUUCUCGCA